AUGUUUGCAUGCAUGGGGACAGGACAGGGAGGAAGCGGUUCAGAAGACGAAGAGGAGAUGUCGUCCGACGGCAGGGGCUCCCAGAUGGGCGUCGCCGGCGCGCUGGGCCUCUCGGUCACGUCGUCAGUAGCCAUUGUCAUUUGCAACAAGUACCUCAUGAGCACCCUCAACUUCUACUUCGCGACGACACUGACAAGCUGGCACCUGCUGGUGACUUUCUGCACGCUCCACAUAGCGCAGCGCCUGCGCUUCUUUGAGCCGAAGCCAAUCGACGCGCAGACUGUCAUCUCCUUUGGGUUUCUCAAUGGGAUCUCCAUUGGCCUCCUCAACCUUUGCCUUGGCUUCAACUCAGUUGGUUUCUACCAGAUGACCAAGCUGGCUAUUAUACCAUUCACCAUGCUCUUGGAGACCAUCUUUCUGAGCAAGAAGUUCAGCCAGAGCAUCAAGGCCUCUCUCAUGGUCCUCCUCCUGGGAGUUGGCAUCGCAUCUGUCACCGAUCUCCAGCUCAAUCUCCUCGGCUCGAUCAUCGCAGUGCUCACCAUCGCUGCGACCUGUGUCUGCCAGAUCCUGACCAACCAGAUCCAGAGGAGGCUCAAGGUGUCUUCCACUCAGCUACUGUACCAGUCCUCCCUGUACCAAUCCGCUGUGCUGCUCAUCACCGGCCCCUUCGUCGACAAGCUCCUGACAAAGAAGGACGUCUUCGCGUUCGAGUACACAUUCGAAGUCGUGGUGUUCAUCCUAAUGUCGUGCGGGAUCGCUGUGUCCGUCAACUUCAGCACCUUCCUGGUGAUCGGCACGACGUCGCCAGUGACGUACCAGGUGUUGGGCCACCUCAAGACGUGCCUCAUCCUCUCCUUCGGCUACGUCCUCCUCAAAGACCCCUUCACGCUCCGCAACCUCGCCGGCAUCCUCAUCGCCAUCUUCGGCAUGGGCCUCUACUCCUUCUUCUCCGUCUCCGAGAGCAGGAAGAAGACCGAGGGCGCCACGUUGCCGGUCAACACCCAGAUGAGCGAGAAGGAUUCGGCGCCGCUCCUUGGCACGAAAACCUCGCCGUGGCAGGAGAGCAACGGGGUGGAGAACUUUGACGACGUGCCACGGACCGCGAAGACCGCGUUUAGCCGGCAGCUGAACCCGUAG